UUUUCCGUGUUGGUGCGUGGUUAAAAUAUCGGGUUUUUUGACUUUUUCGUUUUGCUAGUAGAUAUUUCGUAGUUAAUGAAUUAUGGAAGCUGGUACGAGUACCGGUACUCGUACAACACGAUUUAUGAUGGAGGGUGUCGGAGCCCGGGUCAUCCGUGGUCCAGAAUGGAAAUGGGGUAAACAGGAUGGAGGAGAAGGUCAUGUGGGGACUGUUAGAAAUUUUGAAUCCCCGGAAGAAGUUGUUGUCGUUUGGGAUAAUGGAACAGCAGCCAAUUACCGUUGUUCUGGUGCUUUUGAUCUUAGAAUUUUGGAUUCAGCUCCAACUGGUGUAAAACAUGAUGGAACAAUGUGUGAUACGUGUCGACAACAGCCAAUUUUUGGUAUUCGUUGGAAAUGUGCAGAAUGUGGCAACUAUGAUCUUUGUUCUGUUUGUUAUCAUGGAGAUAAACAUCACCUAAGGCAUAGAUUCUAUCGCAUAGCAACACCUGGUAGUGAAAGAGUUUUAUUAGAACCAAGACGUAAAAGUAAAAAGAUUGCAAUUCGUGGUAUAUUUCCUGGUGCAAGAGUUGUACGAGGUGUUGACUGGCAGUGGGAAGAUCAAGAUGGUGGAAACGGGCGAAGAGGUAAAGUUAAUGAAGUCCAAGAUUGGUCAGCUGCCAGUCCACGUUCAGCAGCUUAUGUCAUAUGGGAUAAUGGUGCAAAAAAUUUGUAUCGUGUUGGUUUUGAAGGAAUGGCGGACUUAAAAGUAGUCAAUGAUGCUAAAGGUCAGACAGUUUAUAGAGAUCAUUUGCCACUGUUAGGUGAACAAGGACCAGGUCGAACUGGUCCACAUGGAUUACAAAUUGGAGAUCAGGUUAAUGUUGAUUUAGAAUUAGAAAUAGUGCAGUCAUUGCAGCAUGGUCAUGGUGGCUGGACAGAUGGAAUGUUUGAAUGUCUCGGCACCACAGGCACUGUUGUUGGUAUUGAUGAGGAUCAUGACAUUGUUGUAUCAUAUCCAAGUGGCAAUCGAUGGACUUUCAAUCCUGCUGUGUUAACUAAAGUACAGAUACCAGUACCAGUUACUAGUUCAAGUUCUGAUAAUCAAACAUUUGCUGUUGGAGAUUUGGUACAGAUUUGUAACGACUUAGAAAAAAUUAAACUACUUCAACGUGGUCAUGGAGAGUGGGCUGAAGCAAUGGCGCCGACUAUGGGAAAGAUUGGUAGAGUUUUACAAAUAUACCAUGAUGGAGACUUGAAAGUAGAAGUUUGUAGUACCUCUUGGACAUACAAUCCCCAAGCAGUCACCAAAGUAGCAAGUAGUGAUGGAAGUGUUCCAGGAAAUAGCAGUGGAGAACGUUUAUCAGCAUUGUUAAAAAAAUUAUUUGAAACACAUGUCUCGGGUGAUGUUAAUGAAGAAUUGGUAAAAACUGCUGCUAAUGGUGACGCUGCUAAGUGUGAAGAAUGCUUGAAGAGACCAGAGGCUGAUGUAAAUGGAGUAUUUGCUGGUCAUACUGCUUUGCAAGCUGCAAGUCAAAAUGGUCAUUUAGAAGUUAUUAAAAUUCUCCUCCGUUACAAAGCUGAUGUAGAGAUCGAGGAUAAAGAUGGAGAUAGAGCUGUACAUCAUGCAGCGUUUGGGGAUGAACCGGGCGUGAUGGCAUUAUUGGCUGGUGCUGGAGCCGACUUAAAUGCGAGAAAUAAAAGACGGCAAACUGCUCUUCAUAUCGCGGUUAAUAAAGGACACGCUGGUGUCGUGCGUACAUUAUUGGAAUUAGGAUGUCACCCAAGCUUACAGGACUCCGAAGGUGACACUCCUCUUCACGACGCGAUCUCUAAGAAACGGGAUGACAUGUUGGCUCUGCUAUUAGACCAUGCCGCAGACAUCACCCUCACGAACAACAAUGGCUUCAACGCUCUGCACCACGCUGCUCUUCGUGGAAAUCCAAGGUAA